UCAUUUUUUUUUUUGCCCCUUCCAUUUUUAAUCCCGACCCCUCUCGAACCCGAGCGCACCAGUUCACUUCGAGACUUAAACCCUAGCUCCCGCGGGAGGCCGCGCCUCUGCCUGCUUCGCCGCCGACGAUGUGGAGCGGCGGGCCGCCCCCGCCGAUGGGGGCCGCGCCGCCUCCCCCGGGCACGGUCGGCCCGGGCGCGGGCGCUCCGCCGCCGCCGGCCGCGGGCCCGCCCGGCGGCGGCGGCGGCAAGCCGCUGACGCCGGCGGAGCUCGAGGCGCAGCUGGUGGAGAAGGCGAGGAAGUGGCACCAGCUCAACUCCAAGCGGUACGGCGACAAGCGCAAGUUCGGGUUCGUCGAGGCGCAGAAGGAGGACAUGCCGCCCGAGCACGUCCGGAAAAUCAUCAGGGACCAUGGCGACAUGUCUUCAAAAAAGUACAGGCAUGACAAGCGUGUAUAUCUUGGAGCACUCAAAUUUGUACCUCAUGCUGUUUACAAGCUACUGGAAAAUAUGCCAAUGCCAUGGGAACAGGUUCGGCAUGUAAAGAUCCUGUACCAUAUCACUGGUGCGAUAACCUUUGUAAAUGAGAUCCCAUGGGUAGUUGAGCCCAUUUACCUCGCACAGUGGGGUACAAUGUGGAUCAUGAUGAGGAGGGAAAAGAGAGAUAGACGACAUUUCAAGAGAAUGCGCUUUCCUCCAUUUGAUGAUGAGGAACCUCCCCUGGACUAUGCUGAUAAUUUGCUGGACGUUGAACCUCUGGAGGCUAUACAGUUGGAGUUGGAUGAGGAGGAAGAUUCAGCUGUGCAUGAAUGGUUUUAUGACCAUAAGCCACUUGUGAAGACAAAGCUUAUAAAUGGCCCCAGUUACAGGAAGUGGCAUCUAUCGCUUCCCAUAAUGGCGACACUCUAUCGUCUUGCUGGUCAACUUCUGUCCGAUUUGAUUGAUCGUAACUAUUUCUAUUUGUUUGACAUGGAGUCCUUCUUUACUGCCAAAGCACUGAAUAUGUGUAUCCCAGGAGGUCCAAAGUUUGAGCCACUGUACCGUGAUAUGGAAAAGGGGGAUGAGGACUGGAAUGAGUUUAACGACAUCAACAAACUCAUCAUUCGUCAACCACUCAGGACUGAGUACAGAAUUGCUUUCCCACACUUGUACAAUAAUAGGCCAAGGAAAGUGAAGCUUGGGAUAUAUCAUACUCCAAUGAUCAUGUAUAUCAAGACAGAGGACCCAGACUUGCCUGCAUUUUACUAUGAUCCCCUGAUAAAUCCUAUAACCUCGACUAACAAGGUUGAUCGUCGGGAGAGGAGAACAACUGAAGACGAAGAAGACGAAGACUUCUGUCUCCCUGAUGGUGUGGAGCCCCUCUUGAAAGGAACAGAACUUUAUACUGAUACAACAGCAGCUGGCAUUUCAUUACUCUUUGCUCCAAAGCCUUUUAAUAUGAGAUCUGGUAGGACUCGUCGUGCUGAAGACAUCCCUCUUGUAUCUGAGUGGUACAAGGAGCACUGCCCACCAGCUUAUCCAGUGAAGGUGCGUGUCAGCUAUCAGAAACUACUGAAGUGUUAUGUGCUCAAUGAGUUACAUCAUAGGCCUCCCAAGGCACAGAAGAAGAAGCAUCUGUUCCGUUCGCUCCAAGCGACAAAGUUUUUUCAAACAACAGAGCUUGACUGGGCAGAAGCAGGUCUGCAAGUUUGCAAACAGGGUUACAAUAUGUUGAACUUGUUAAUCCACAGGAAGAACCUUAACUACCUUCACUUGGACUACAACUUCAAUUUGAAACCUGUAAAGACUCUCACAACAAAGGAAAGGAAAAAAUCUCGGUUUGGAAAUGCAUUCCAUUUAUGCCGUGAGAUAUUACGUCUUACUAAGUUGGUUGUUGAUGCAAAUAUCCAGUUCCGUUUGGGAAAUGUUGAUGCUUUCCAAUUAGCAGAUGGUUUGCAAUACAUAUUCUCUCAUGUUGGCCAGUUGACUGGUAUGUACCGUUACAAGUAUCGUCUGAUGCGGCAAAUCAGGAUGUGCAAAGAUCUGAAGCACUUGAUAUACUAUCGUUUCAAUACUGGUCCUGUGGGAAAAGGACCUGGUUGUGGAUUCUGGGCUCCAAUGUGGAGGGUGUGGCUGUUUUUUCUGCGGGGUAUUGUGCCACUGCUUGAAAGAUGGUUAGGUAAUUUACUGGCCAGGCAGUUUGAAGGUCGUCAUUCAAAAGGAGUUGCUAAAACUGUAACGAAGCAACGUGUUGAAUCUCACUUUGAUCUAGAGCUUCGAGCUGCUGUUAUGCAUGAUGUCCUUGAUGCUAUGCCAGAGGGCAUCAAGCAAAACAAGGCAAGGACUAUACUGCAGCAUCUUAGCGAGGCAUGGCGGUGCUGGAAGGCAAAUAUCCCGUGGAAGGUCCCUGGUCUGCCUGUUCCUAUUGAAAACAUGAUACUUCGUUAUGUGAAGUCCAAGGCUGAUUGGUGGACUAAUGUUGCUCACUACAAUCGUGAACGUAUUAGGCGUGGUGCAACGGUUGAUAAGACUGUGUGCCGCAAGAAUCUUGGAAGGUUAACACGUCUGUGGCUGAAGGCAGAACAGGAAAGACAACACAACUACUUGAAAGAUGGGCCAUAUGUGACACCUGAAGAGGCAGUUGCGAUUUACACAACAACAGUUCAUUGGCUAGAAUCAAGGAAGUUCUCACCUAUUCCUUUUCCUCCACUUUCUUAUAAGCAUGACACCAAACUACUUAUACUGGCUCUGGAAAGGCUAAAGGAGUCCUACAGCGUGGCAGUAAGGUUAAAUCAACUGCAGCGGGAGGAACUUGGCUUGAUAGAACAAGCAUAUGAUAAUCCUCAUGAGGCAUUGUCCAGGAUAAAGCGACAUCUCCUAACCCAGCGUGCUUUUAAAGAAGUUGGCAUUGAGUUUAUGGACCUGUACAGCUACCUGAUCCCGGUAUAUGAAAUUGAGCCUCUUGAGAAAAUCACUGAUGCUUACCUUGACCAGUACUUGUGGUAUGAGGGAGACAAGCGACACCUAUUCCCGAACUGGGUCAAGCCUGCUGAUUCAGAACCACCACCUCUGCUUGUUUACAAAUGGUGCCAAGGUAUAAAUAAUCUACAGGAUGUAUGGGACACUAGUGAUGGGCAGUGUGUUGUGAUGCUGCAGACAAAAUUUGAGAAGUUCUUUGAAAAAAUUGAUCUGACACUGUUGAACAGACUUUUGCGAUUGGUCUUGGACCAUAAUAUUGCUGAUUAUGUCACUGCAAAGAACAAUGUUGUGUUGUCUUACAAAGAUAUGAGUCAUACAAAUUCUUAUGGUCUCAUUCGGGGUCUACAGUUUGCAUCAUUUGUUGUGCAGUACUAUGGGCUUGUGCUGGAUCUCCUGCUGCUUGGUUUAACACGUGCAAGUGAGCUUGCUGGGCCACCUCAGAUGCCUAAUGAGUUCCUUACAUAUGCUGAUACCAAAGUUGAGACAAGGCAUCCUAUCCGGCUGUAUUCUCGGUAUAUUGAUAAGGUGCAUAUAAUGUUCAGAUUCACUCACGAGGAAGCACGUGAUUUGAUUCAGCGUUAUUUGACAGAGCAUCCUGAUCCUAAUAAUGAAAAUAUGGUCGGUUACAACAACAAAAAAUGUUGGCCUAGAGAUGCAAGAAUGAGGCUCAUGAAGCAUGAUGUAAAUCUUGGAAGAAGUGUCUUUUGGGACAUGAAGAACCGCCUCCCAAGGAGCAUCACAACGUUAGAAUGGGAGAACAGCUUCGUCUCUGUUUACAGCAAGGACAACCCUAACCUGCUGUUUAGCAUGUGCGGGUUUGAGGUUCGUAUACUACCAAAGAUACGGAUGACUCAAGAAGCAUUUAGUAACACCAAAGAUGGAGUCUGGAAUCUGCAGAAUGAGCAAACAAAAGAAAGGACAGCUAUUGCCUUUCUACGUGUUGAUGAUGAGCAUAUGAAAGUGUUUGAGAACCGUGUCAGGCAAAUCCUUAUGUCCUCUGGGUCUACUACAUUCACCAAGAUUGUUAAUAAGUGGAAUACGGCUCUCAUUGGUCUUAUGACAUAUUUCCGUGAAGCAACUGUUCACACACAGGAGCUCUUGGAUUUACUUGUCAAAUGUGAAAACAAGAUCCAAACUCGCAUAAAGAUUGGCCUGAACUCAAAAAUGCCUAGCAGGUUUCCACCUGUUAUCUUCUAUACACCCAAGGAAAUUGGAGGCCUGGGAAUGCUAUCGAUGGGUCACAUUCUUAUACCACAGAGUGAUCUCAGGUACAGCAAACAGACAGAUGUUGGUGUGACACAUUUUCGGAGUGGUAUGAGCCAUGACGAGGACCAGCUUAUCCCUAACUUAUAUCGCUACAUUCAGCCCUGGGAGAGUGAGUUUAUUGAUUCACAGCGUGUUUGGGCUGAGUAUGCUUUGAAGAGGCAGGAAGCACAAUCACAGAACAGACGGUUAACACUUGAGGAUCUUGAAGAUUCAUGGGAUAGAGGUAUUCCUCGUAUCAACACUCUUUUCCAAAAAGACCGUCACACUUUGGCAUAUGAUAAAGGAUGGAGAGUGAGAACAGACUUUAAGCAGUACCAAGUGCUCAAACAAAAUCCAUUCUGGUGGACACAUCAGAGGCAUGAUGGGAAGUUAUGGAACUUAAACAACUAUAGGACUGAUGUAAUCCAAGCUCUUGGUGGUGUAGAGGGUAUUUUGGAACACACCUUGUUUAAAGGAACAUAUUUCCCUACUUGGGAGGGUCUGUUUUGGGAGAAAGCAUCAGGUUUUGAGGAGUCUAUGAAAUACAAGAAGCUGACUAAUGCACAACGUUCUGGUCUCAAUCAGAUACCUAACCGAAGAUUUACCCUGUGGUGGUCACCAACCAUCAACCGUGCAAAUGUAUAUGUUGGUUUCCAGGUUCAGCUAGAUCUUACUGGGAUUUUCAUGCACGGGAAAAUUCCAACCCUGAAGAUUUCUCUAAUCCAGAUCUUCCGUGCACAUCUGUGGCAGAAGAUCCAUGAAAGUGUUGUUAUGGAUCUUUGCCAAGUUUUGGAUCAAGAGCUGGAUGCACUGGAGAUUGAGACGGUGCAGAAAGAGACAAUACAUCCAAGGAAGAGUUACAAGAUGAACAGCUCCUGUGCAGAUAUCCUGCUUUUUGCUGCACAUAGGUGGCAGAUGUCCAAACCAAGCUUAGUUUCUGAGUCAAAGGAUGUCUUUGAUCAGAAAGCUAGUAACAAGUAUUGGAUUGAUGUGCAACUACGCUGGGGAGACUACGAUUCGCAUGACAUUGAACGUUAUACAAGGGCCAAGUUCAUGGACUACACUACUGACAAUAUGUCCAUCUAUCCAUCUCCAACUGGAGUGAUGAUUGGAAUUGAUCUAGCAUAUAAUUUGCACUCUGCUUUUGGCAAUUGGUUCCCUGGGUCAAAGCCCCUCCUUCAGCAAGCAAUGAACAAGAUAAUGAAGUCAAAUCCUGCUCUGUAUGUGCUGAGGGAGAGAAUAAGGAAGGGUCUACAGUUGUAUUCUUCGGAACCCACUGAGCCAUAUCUGUCUUCACAGAACUAUGGAGAGAUAUUCAGCAAUCAGAUCAUAUGGUUUGUGGACGAUACAAAUGUCUAUCGAGUUACCAUUCACAAAACAUUUGAGGGUAACUUGACCACUAAACCAAUCAACGGUGCUAUUUUCAUUUUUAAUCCAAGAACUGGCCAACUAUUUUUGAAGGUGAUCCAUACAAGUGUAUGGGCUGGACAAAAGCGUCUUGGACAACUUGCCAAGUGGAAAACAGCUGAAGAGGUUGCUGCAUUAGUUCGUUCUCUUCCUGUAGAAGAGCAGCCAAAGCAAAUCAUUGUGACAAGGAAGGGUAUGCUGGAUCCUUUGGAGGUCCAUCUGCUUGACUUCCCUAACAUUGUUAUCAAGGGCAGUGAGUUGCAGCUGCCAUUCCAAGCUUGUUUGAAGAUUGAGAAGUUUGGUGAUCUUAUUCUCAAAGCUACAGAACCCCAGAUGGUUCUAUACAAUAUAUAUGAUGAUUGGUUGAAAAGUAUCUCAUCAUUCACUGCUUUCUCUCGGAUUGUGCUUAUAUUACGUGCUCUUCAUGUCAAUAAUGAGAAGGCAAAGAUGCUGCUCAAACCUGACAAGACCAUUGUUACGGAACCACAUCAUAUUUGGCCAACCUUGACGGAUGAGCAAUGGCUGAAGGUUGAAUGUGCACUCAGGGACCUCAUUCUAUCUGAUUAUGCGAAGAAAAACAAUGUUAACACUUCUGCACUGACGCAAUCUGAAAUUCGUGAUAUUAUACUUGGUGCUGAAAUAGCUCCACCAUCACAGCAGAGGCAACAGAUUGCUGAAAUUGAGAAACAGUCUAGAGAGACGACUCAGUUGACUGCAGUUACAACAAGGACGACUAAUGUGCAUGGAGAUGAGCUCAUCAUCACCACAACUAGUCCAUAUGAGCAGCAAGCAUUUGCAUCAAAGACUGAUUGGCGUGUCAGGGCCAUCUCUGCCACAAACUUGUAUCUUCGUGUCAAUCACAUUUAUGUUAACUCGGAUGAUAUAAAGGAGACUGGCUACACUUACAUUAUGCCAAAGAAUAUAUUGAAGAAGUUCAUAUGCAUAGCAGAUUUAAGGACACAGAUUUCAGGUUUUCUAUAUGGGCUGAGUCCGCAGGAUAAUCCCCAAGUUAAGGAAAUUAGAUGCAUAGCUAUUCCUCCACAGCAUGGGACUCAUCAGAUGGUGACACUGCCUGCAAACCUUCCUGAGCACGAGUUCCUUAAUGAUUUGGAGCCACUGGGAUGGAUGCAUACCCAGCCAAACGAAGCUCCUCAGCUGUCACCACAGGAUUUGACUUCACAUGCCAAGAUUUUGGAGAACAACAAGCAAUGGGAUGGUGAGAAGUGCAUCAUUUUGACAUGCAGCUUUACUCCAGGAUCUUGUUCGUUGACCGCGUACAAGUUGACGCCGAGUGGUUAUGAGUGGGGUCGUAGCAACAAGGACACCGGAAGCAACCCACAUGGAUAUCUCCCAACUCACUAUGAGAAGGUCCAGAUGCUUCUCAGUGACCGAUUCCUGGGAUUCUACAUGGUGCCGGAUAACGUCCCCUGGAACUUCAACUUCAUGGGGGUGAAGCAUGACCCGCUGAUGAAGUACAACAUGAAGCUUGGCACGCCCCGGGACUUCUACCAUGAGGACCAUCGGCCAACUCAUUUCCUUGAGUUCAGCAACAUUGACGAGGGCGAUGUCGCGGAAGGUGAUAGGGAGGACACCUUCUCGUAGGCGCCAUGAACGCCUAUACCACCAUACCCUAUCUGCUUCGAACUUUCGCGCUGUUUUGAGUAGAGAUCUGUAACCUGUAAAACCUGACGCAACUGGUAGUAGCACAUGAUGUUUGUUAAAGACGGAUUGUAUACCCUGAUGUAGCCUCCGCCCUUAAAGAACAGGGUGCUUGUAGUUUGUACAAGUGCACGCCAUGAUAGCAUUGGAGAUUUUGCGUAGUCUUAAUAUUGUGUUUUGUAGAUCUCGUCUA